UCAGCUAUGGGCUGCUGCCCCGGCCCUGCCGCGCGCUGGUGCUGCUGAACCCGCUGAGCGGCCCCGGCCUCGCGCUCAAGGACUUCCAUGCGCUCGUGCAGCCCAUGCUGGCUGAAGCCGACAUCGCCGCCACCGUCUUCAUCACAGAGAGAGCCCAGCACGCCCAUGAGAAGGUGCGGGAGGAGGACCUGUCGCAGUGGGACACCUUGGUGGUCAUGUCUGGAGAUGGUCUCCUCCAUGAGGUGGUGAACGGGCUCAUGGAGCGGCCGGACUGGGAGGCCGCCCUGACGAAGCCGCUGUGCAUCCUGCCCGGGGGCUCCGGCAACGCGCUGGCCGCCUCCAUCAACCACUACGCGGGCAACGAGCAGGUCUCGAAGCAYGAGCUGUUGACCAACUGCACCUUCAUCCUCUGCAAGGGACUGCACACGCAGAUGGACCUCGUCUCGCUGAACACGGCCUCGGGCAAGCGCCUCUUCUCCUUCCUCAGCUUCGGCUGGGGCUUCAUCUCCGACGUGGACAUCGCGAGCGAGAAGUACCGCAAGCUGGGCAAUGCCCGCUUCACGCUGGGCACCCUGCAGCACCUGGCSCGGCUCCAGCUGUACCGGGGCCGCCUCUCCUACCUGCCCGCGGACGCUGCCGCCAGCGCCGCGCCGGACGAGCCGCUCGUCGCCAACGGGCACGUGGGCUGCGCCGGCCCGCCGGCGGGGACGGAGGCGCCGGGCGCGCGGGCGCAGGGGGCUCUGCCCGAGGACUCGCUGCUGGUGCCGCUGCAGCAGCCCGUGCCGGAGCACUGGACCGUGGUGCCCGAGGAGGAGUUUGUCUUCGUCUACGCCAUCUACCAGUCCCACCUGGGCUCCGACCUGCUCAUGGCGCCUGCGGCGCGGCUGCACGACGGCCGCAUCCACCUCUUCUUCCUCAAGGCCGGCGUCACRCGCGUGAUGCUGCUCAAGCUCUUCCUGGCCAUGGAGAAGGGGACGCACUUGGACGUGAACUGCCCGCACCUGCGCUACGUGCCCGUGCGGGCCUUCCGGCUGGAGCCGCGCACCGGCGYGGGCGUCAUGACGGUGGACGGCGAGGCGCUCGCGUGCGAGCCCGUGCAGGCGCAGAUCCACGCGCGCCUCUGCCGCGUGCUCUGCGGCUCCUGA